AUGUCAACUAUGUCUGGUGGAUCAAUGCGCAUUGCAAGCAAUGCUGGACGGCAACGCUACGAAAACCGUGCGCCCAUCAAUUCUGUACUCUGUAGAAAUGGGCCACAGUGUAGGAAGCAUCUGGAAGGCACCUGCAACUACAACCACGAUUUUGGCUCCGGCGCGCCCAAUGGCCUCAACGUGCCGAAGAAGUCUCUCAACGUUGAGUCACCGUCUUUCACGCCUAAGCCUAUGAAUGUUCAGCCUGCGAAAAUUGGCAUAUCGCCAAAAGCCGCCUCUGCCGCUGCAUUCACUCCUCGUGGAUCUGGUAAGGCGUUGUGUGGCGAUGUCAAAAUAAUGCUGACUUAUUGCACAACAGGUUCUGUCACACCAGCUGCCGCGUCGCAUUCGAAAGAACACUCAGGGGAUUUCAACCCACAAAUGACGUUCCAACCAUCACAGCAAUUCCAGGAGUUCAUCCUAAGCCAAUCGUUCUUAGCAUCUUCGCAGGUUGACCAUGCGCCCCAGCUUCAACAGCAACUUGGCACUUUUGGCGAUCCUUUCCUCACACACCAAAGCAUAGAAGCGGCCCAGCUCAAUCCUUAUGCGCAACAAGCACCUGCUCUUGGAGGCCAGCCGUUCUUCCAAGAUGCCUCUAGCUAUAAACAUCCUCUCAAUUACCAUCUCUACGCCUCCAUCGGUCCCCGGCGGGAGAAUCUGAUGCCUCAUCAGCGUAGCACAGCAGACUUCUUCCUGCCCGACAACCUGCGAGAAGAGUUGCAACAAAAGUCGGAAGCGACUCUGCAGACAUUCGCGAAUAGUACUCUGCCUAUGAAUGUGGAGUACUUCCACUCCCUUGUCGCACUUGACUCGAACAAUACAGGGAGCAAGACUACAUUUGGCUACCCGAGCUGGAUCUAUAAGGCGGAUUCCAGCCGCGAUGGACAUGUAUACGCUCUUCGGCGGAUUGCAGGCUUCAGGUUGACUGAUGAGGCUUGCAUACGGACAAUCAACCACUGGAAGCGAAUUUCAAACAGCAGCAUUGUGCAAAUACAUGAUGCUUUUACCGGCAGAUGGUUCAACGACAGUUCCUUGAUCAUUGUCACAGACUACCAUCCGAAAUCCCAGACAUUGGCCGAGAAACAUUUCUCGACAGGUAGAACCAUCGGCAAAGCAAGUGCGCAAGUGACACAGGAAGGCGAAAUCUGGGGCUACAUUGUACAGAUGGCUAGUGCCAUGAAGACGAUACAUGAUGCAAGCUUGGCGGCACAGACCAUAACGCCGUCAAAGGUUCUGCUGACAUCUAAGAAUCGCGUGCGCCUGGGAGCGUGUGGCAUCCUUGACAUUUUACACCACGGCCAGGACCGUGAUCUGGGCGACCUACAGAGAAACGACCUUCGAGAUCUAGGUCGUCUGAUUCUGGGGGUUGCCACUCGUAACGUGGCCGCUCAUCAGAACAUACUGAAGGCAUUGGAGCAGGUCAGCCGAUCGUACAGCGAACGCCUUCGCUCAUGUAUCGCUUGGCUGCUUAUACCUCCAGUAGCAGUUGAUGCCACGGGAAGCUCAGCCCCACAAUCAGCACCGGAAUACAACAUCGCUGCGUUACUUACAAGUAUCAGCGACAAGGUCUUGACGGCGUUUGACAGCGUGCUGCACCUCGAGGAUGAUCUCACAUCAAACCUAAUGCGGGAGCUCGAGAACGGUCGCCUGGCGAGACUACUGGCGAAGCUCAACGUUAUACUUGAGCGUCCGGAUACCGGCAGUACUCCCAAUGCAACGACGAACCCGGCACUCCUCAACCAGCCCGGGUCAGCGUGGUCAGAGACCGGCGAGAGAUACUACUUGAAGCUCUUCCGCGACUUUGUCUUUCACCAAGUGGACCCUGAAGGUCGGCCAGUGCUUGACUUAGGGCAUAUCGUCACAUGCCUGAACAAACUGGACGCUGGGAUUGAUGAGAAGAUACAACUCAUCAGCCGCGAUGAGCAGAGCAUGUUCAUCGUGAGCUACAAGGAGGUGAAGAGAGGAUUUGAGGCUGCAUGGGCGGAGAUCAGUAAAGCGAGUAACCCAAGUCGACGUUAG